AUGGUUAGCCCUGAAGGACCAGGAGAACUUGUGAGGAAGCCACAAAGCAUAAAACACACUCAUGACUUACUUCCGCGAUCGCCGGCUUUCCGGAGCCCAGACGCAGCCUCUGCAUCGCCCGGCACCUUCUGGUCGGUCAGCGGCGUGAGGGUCUCGCCGCAGCGUGUCGUCCGCGCCGCUCGGCCCGUUGUGAGCCCGUGUGUUCGCCGGGCCGGCCGGCCGGCGCGGCUGCAGCCCGUAUCCCCCGGCUGGUCCGGGGGUCCGGGCACCGCCUCGACGGCGGCGCCGCCAGACGCGCGGACUGGACCGCAGCCCGCACCCCGAGCGGACGGCGUCGUGAGGCACCUGCCGUACUUCUGCCGCGGCCAAGUGGUGCUGGGCUUCGGUCGCGGCUCCAAGCAGCCGGGCAUCCCUACAGCUAAGUUUCCUGAACAAGUAGUAGAUAAUAUUCCAGCUGAUGUAUCCACUGGCAUUUAUUAUGGUUGGGCCAGUGGUGGAAGUGGAGAUGUCCGUAAGACGGUGGUGAGCAUAGGAUGGAACCCAUACUGCAAGCAUACAAAAAAGUCCAUGGAAACUCAUAUCAUGCAUACUUUCAAAGAGGACUUCUACGCGGAAAUUCUUAACGUGGCCAUUGUUGGCUACCUCAGACCAGAAAAGAACUUUGAUUCUUUAGAGUCACUUAUUUCAGCAAUUCAAGGUGAUAUUGAGGAAGCCAAGAAACGACUAGAGUUACCAGAACAUUCGAAACUCAAAGAAUACAAUUUCUUCCCAGUUCCUAAAAGCAAAAUAAUGAAUGGCCACUGA